AGACGAAGUAUCUCCAUGACGUUUCACGUUGACCCACACGUUGGACUCUACUAGACCCAACCAGCGGGGACGAAAGUGAAGUUAUUCUCAAUAAUCGUGAUUUAACAAGGUAUGUAAAGUGUAAAUUAACACUUAUUAUUUGCUGUGUUUCUAUGAUCAUGAAGUAGAAGUUACUGAGUUUCUUACGUGCAGCUUGCUUGCAGGGUAGGAGUGGCUCUGGCUCGCUCGAAUAAGCCAGACAGCUACACAGAAACCGAUACAAUGUGGCAAGUUCUGCAUUCUCUUGCUCUGAAGGCCUUAUAGCAUUAAUCGAUUGAUCAUCUAGCGAUUUACAGGGCUGCAUUGUGCAUGCUUUCAAGUUGGUGCUUUUUGAAGAUGUUACAGUUAAUAAGUUAGCACAGCUGUGUUUUGGGCCUAUCUUCUUGUUCGGGUCUUCUGCCCUGUCCAAUGACAUUCGACCAACUUGGCAUUCUAUUUUUGCAUGCAUCUGUGGACUGUAGACCCCUUUUUGUGUUUGCAAACAUUGCCGCACGAGGGCGAUGCGCGCAAGUUGGUGGGGGAGUUAUAGAACGCCAGCAAAAAAAAUGCCUGUAUUUACAUGUUACUUAUGAGUGCAUUUCUCACUACUUAUGGGUUAUAAUAUAAUUUUAAGGCUCGUAUGAAUGUCCUGCUUAAAGUUAUGUUCGUCAUCAUCGCAAAUCAACUGCAUUAUACUUAUAAAACACUUAAACUUCAACCAGUAAAAUGGCUCUUUGGCUAGCUUUUGCUACAGCCUAGCCUAUCAAUGAGCGUUAGCAUUCUAGCUAAUUGCUGCAUCCAAAAGUUAUUUUGCAAAGAUCACAACCAAAGAAUCUUAGCAACUGUUCAAGCAACAAUUAAAACAUAAUUGUAAACGUACAGGAACCCCAAAAAGUAAUUUCGUUUAGAAAUAAUAAAAAUGCAAGGGCUUUGUUAAAUGGGCGCAGAUGGCGAUGGGCUUUCUUACACGAAUCUGUGCGUGACGUCAGUGUACUGGAAAAGGGUCUAUGCAACUUAGUUUUAGCAUGCAUAACAUGCUAGUAGUUGCUAGCUAAGAAGGAUAAUUUUACAAAUGCAAUGUUGUCUGGUCUACGCAAAACUGUAGCAGCAAGAUUUCUGAAAGAAUGUCCCAUACAAUACAACUCUUUCCCUCGUGGACUUGCCAAAGGUAACCGAACUAUGGCCCUCGCCCAAGUGUCAUCCAACAAGUGCAGUGGCGGCUACCAGAAGGUGUUCGAGCAUGACAGGUGAGCUAGCCUCGUGAAACCAGACUAACUAACCUCCCGAGAGCUCAUUCUGUUUUAGCUAGCAGAUUGUAACGGCUAAUGUGAUGCCCCAUUAGCCAUUACAGGAUAGGUACUGUUUGGCAUAUCACAGAGAAUGUUCGACCAACCUUAACUUGGCAAUACGAUCUUUGUCCUCAAUUCGGCGAAACAUGUAUCUUCCAAAAUAUCCGUGUUCAGUUGCAGGUGGUUCGUUUGAAUUUAGAAAAUGCUCUUUUUAAAUAAAUAAAAGUUUUACUCCAUGAAAUAAUCCAAAAAUGUGUUCGCCACCAUCUUGUCUAUUUCUAAUCUUCUCUCAUUGAUCGAGAGCUCUGUCUACCUGCAACUCUACACAAACAUGUUUAGAAGAUAUGUUUGGCCGAAUCGAGAACGAAGAUAGUAUCGCCAAGUUAAGGUUAGUCGAAAAAUUCUGUGCAACGCCAAACAGUACCUAUCCUGUAACGGCGAAUGGAGCAUCUCAGUAGCCAGUCUGCUAGCUAAUUCUGUUUCACUGUUAUACAUCAAUGCAACACACUGCUGUAUUUGCCAUUGGAAUACACAAAUUAUAGUUUUACAAAUUCUAUUAUUUCCAAUCUGCCCAUAUGGCUUGGGUGGAAACAUGCAGUAUGCCAGAAACGUGAUGUAAUGCAUUUUCUUUUCUCAGCACUGAGCUGAAGUGUAAAAUGAAAGUCGCUGUCUACCUGCCUCCUAAAGCAGAGAAUGAGAAGUGCCCCGUCUUCUACUGGCUCUCUGGUGAGUUCUCACAGUCCAUUGUCUCUCAUAUGUUACAUAAAGACAGUGGUCACCAUCCCUGCCCAGAAUGUGUAGGUUUUUGUUCUAUCCCAACACACCUGAUUCAACUAAUCAUCAAGAUCUUAAUUGCCUGUACACUUGCACUGGUCUAGAAUAAACAUCUGCACACGAUGACCACUGAAUUAUUCUGAUCAACUACUUAGAUUUUUCCUAUGUGUGUUGAAAAUGUUGUCCUUCACGUUUCACUGUGUGCUUCUAGGGUUGACAUGCACAGAGCAGAACUUCAUCACCAAGGCUGGCAGUCAGCAGGCGGCUUCUGAGCACGGAAUCAUCAUCGUAGCCCCAGACACCAGCCCACGUACGCACGCACACACUUUACUCAUUGCAUAACAUUCACCCUUCACUUCAAUGCUCAUGCCCACCUUUUAAUAGUAAUUAUAGCUCCCACCCUACCUUCUUCCUACUCUUUCUGUGGUGUUCAGGUGGUUGUAACAUCGAGGGUGAAGAUGAGAGCUGGGACUUUGGCACGGGGGCUGGUUUCUAUGUCAACGCCACCCAGGAGCCCUGGAAGACCAACUACUGCAUGUACACCUAUGUCACUGAGGAGGUGUGUCGGUCACAUGAUAAUAGUAGUCGUGAUGGUAGCAUUUCCUAUUACUAUUUUGAAUCCCCCAAUACUGCUAUGCACUGAUAAUCACCACCUCUCUCUCUCUUUAUUUUUUUCUCUCUCAGCUCCCUCGUUUGAUCAAUGCUAACUUCCCCACUGACCCAGAGAAGAUGUCCAUCUCCGGCCACUCCAUGGGGGGACAUGGAGCCCUCAUCUGCGCCCUGAAGAACCCUGGAAAAUACAAGGCAUGGCAAUAUGGCAGUCCUUUCAUUAUGAUAUCAUAUAUUACCAUCAUCUUUUGAAUAUAUGAAUGAAGCCCUUUCUCUUCAUCCCAUUCUCACUGCAGGCUGUUUCUGCAUUCGCCCCCAUCUGUAACCCCAUCCAGUGUGCCUGGGGGCAGAAGGCCUUCUCUGGGUACCUAGGAGAAGACAAGAAGACCUGGGAGGUACAGUAAGGGGUUACAGGAGGACUGGCCAAAUCAACGGGAUCACAACAAACAAAGUAGAAUUCCAGAACAACACCAAGAGUUUCUAAUCACUCUUCCUCCUCUCCUUUUCCUCCUUUCCAGGCGUAUGACGCCACGGUGCUGGCAGCAUCAUACUCUGGCCCACAGCUGGACAUCCUGAUCGACCAGGGCCGUGAUGACCAGUUCCUGUCGGCCAGCCAGCUGCUUCCUGACAACCUGAUCGCCGCCUGCUCAGAAAAGAAGAUUCCUGUUGUGUUCAGGCUGCAGCCGGUGAGUGCUGCCACCCAGUGGCCAACUAUAGCAACUGUUUGAUCUUGAAAUAUUUUUAGUAGAAAUACCUACUAUGUGUACUGAACUAGGGUUGGUGACUUUGCUGUAUGAUUUUCCCUGCUGCCAGUUGUUCAUCUCAGUAGUUAUAUACAAUAUGUGCUUGUUUACUGAUGUAAAAUGCAGUGAGUAUCAUCAUAUUGCUAUGUCAUCAGACUAACAGUGCCAUUAAUGUCUCCAUCAGGGCUACGACCACAGCUACUUCUUCAUCUAUUCCUUCAUCACCGACCACAUCAAGCACCACGCCAAGUUCCUCAAUGCUUAAGACUGACUGCUGGACCAGAACCCAACCAGGCUUUCUCCUCUGUGCCUUCUACUCAAACUGUGCACCUGCUACUGUCCACCUGUCCCAUCCAGAGAGACCUAGUGCCUGGUGAGCUAAAAUUAACCUGAUGCGCCUGUUGAGCUGAAAUGAACACACCUGCUAUGUUGAGUCAAGCUGAGAACAGACAAUAGUGGGGCCAGGAUGUUUGGUGUUAAGAGGAGCUUGCUUGCUAAUCAUGUGGUCACUCCAACUGUAUUUCUUUCAAAAUAAAGGUUCAGUUAUUACUUUUGAUUACAUUUGUUUCCAUCUUAUGACCUUAGGCUUAUACACUCUGACAUCUCUGAGACAAUACAAAAUACAUGUAGGUGGACUAUAGAUCAAACAUAAGACAAUGUGCUUUUUACAGAUAAGUGCUUUACUGAUAAAGUGAUGAGAAAUAUAUACAGUAUUCACAGCAGUUAAGGCAACAUUAAAGGGGUGUUUCAUGCAAUAAAAUCCAAAUUGCUGUACAACAAAUACACCAAUAUGACAAGAGGUACAAAAUUGUAUAAUAUGAUACGUCAA